AUGAAAUCACAACAAACAUCUUCUUUCGAAGAUCAACAAAACGAUAUUUCAAUGUCAAACAUCAAUAAUCAUUUAUCAACAGAAUCUCCAAAUGAAUUAUCAACGACGGAAAGUGGGAAAAAACUGCAUCGUCGUCGUUCAAUCAUUCAUGAGUUUGCCACAAACACAACUAUCCAUGGCCUUCCGAAUAUUAUUAACAGUGAAAAUGUGCACAGUCGAAUUUUUUGGGCAAUCUCAUUUGUUGCUUUCAGCUCUUUAAUGCUCUAUUUUAUUGUUAAAGCGAUUUUAGAAUAUCUUCAAUAUCAAACACAAACAGAUAUGAGUGUUAAUGUUGAAUGGCCACAAUAUUUUCCAGCAUUCAGUAUUUGUAAUGCUGCAUCAUUUCGUUACGAUCAAUUCAUAGAACCGUUUCUAAACUAUACAAAUACACUAAAUUUAACCAAUGAAAAUAGUAUGAAUGCAUUAUCUCCACUUCGAAUUCGAAAUUUUAUACAAUAUAAAGUUAAUAGAAAUGAAUCAAUUGCACAAUAUUCGUUUUCACUUUAUUCGAUGCUCUAUCAAUGUUUAUACGAUUCUAUGCCUUGUUCAAGUGCUGAUUUUAUUCCAUUUGUCUCAUCAACAUAUGGUCUGUGCUUUACAUUCAAUGCUAAAAUGAAAAAUACUAGUGUUGGUGUACGAUACGGAAAUCAAUAUAGUGGCACUGGUCGACUUAAUUUAGCUUUUUAUGUACAUAGUCAACAAUAUGUGCCAUAUGUUGUAGAUAGCAUUGGCAUGGUUGGUCUAGUACACGACAAUGCACAAGUACCACUUAUUGAUGCAAAUGGCAUAGGAUUGGCACCAGGACGGAAAUACAAAUUGAGUUUUACAAAGAAGACAAAUUUCUUUUUAUCUUCACCAUAUACUUCAUGUACUGACAAUAUACCUCUUUCGAUGAAAGUAAUGUUUAACGAUUAUAAUGGUGCUGAUUAUAGUUAUUCGCAACUCUCAUGCUAUGAACUCUGUAUGCAAGCUUACACGUAUGAACAAUGUGGCUGUAUUAAUCCUUAUUUAUGGAACGUUCGCUACAUUGUUUUGCCAGACACAAAAAACGUCAUCUUAGCGCCUCUUUGCAAUUACACUGAUUCUUGUUAUCGUCGAGCAACUGAUACAUUCACGGCAUCAUCAUCAUUCAUUGAACGAUAUUGUCCGGAUUGUACAUUGCAAUGUUCUCUAAUAGACUUUCCUCUUAAAAUAUCUUCGUUUAUAACACCAUCUGAGUGGCAAUUAAAUGGAAUUAAGGCAUUUGUUGAAAAUUCUUCAGUGCCAUUACCAUUAGAUUGGUCCACAGCCUGGCGUACGCAUAUUCAAAACAAUUAUGUUGCUGUUAGCGUCGUACGUGAGGCAGCUUUCGUCGAUAUUCAGAUACAGCAAGCGAAAAUCACUUUAGGUGACGUUAUAUCGAAAGUUGGCGGUCUAACUGGUCUAUGGCUCGGUCUUAGUUGUCUCUCAAUAAUGGAAUUCAUUCAUAUGCUCUAUCGACUUAUUCAUUAUCAGUGUUACUUAAUUCUAUCAGUAAUACGAAAAAAGUAA